AGUUGAAGUAAAUAACCACUUUGAUCUUCUUUGUUUUAUAAUCUGCAAAAUAAUGGGAAUUGAGCAUAAAAAUGGAGGAUCAUCAUCACUUGAUUUCAAUGUACCUUUGCUUCUUGACCAGAACCAAAGCAAAUUAAAGGAUUUAGAGGCAUCUGAUAAUGAUGAUGUUAAUUUCAUAGGCACCACCUCUUUUUCCAAGACUUGUUUCAAUGGACUCAAUGCUUUAACUGGAAUUGGGAUAUUAUCAACCCCAUAUGCUCUAGCAUCAGGAGGAUGGAUAAGUUUAAUUCUCCUUUUCACCAUUGCCACUGCAACAUUCUAUUCAGGUUUAUUGAUUCAAAGAUGCAUGGAUUGGGAUCCCAACAUUAAAACAUAUCCCGACAUAGGCUAUCGAGCAUUUGGGAGGAAAGGGAAAGUAGUAGUCUCAGUUUUAAUGCACAUGGAGCUCUACUUAGUUGCCACAGGGUUUCUCAUUCUCGAAGGAGAUAACUUGCAAAAUUUACUACCCAAUGUGGAGUGCUUUGAGUUUGGAGGGCUUACAAUUGGUGGGAAACAAGGGUUCAUCAUAAUUGUAGCACUCAUAAUUUUGCCAACUGUUUGGUUGGAUAAUUUGAGCCUCCUUUCUUACAUCUCAGCAACUGGGGUUUUAGCUUCUUUGUUCAUCAUUGGUUCAGUUUUAUGGAUUGGUGUGUUUGAUGGAAUUGGGUUUCAACAAAGGGGUGAAUUCAUAAAUUGGGAUGGAAUCCCAACUGCUGUCAGCUUAUUUGCCUUUUGUUAUUGUGCACAUCCAGUUUUCCCUACCCUCUACAGUUCAAUGCACAAAAGGCAUCAGUUCUCCAAUGUGCUGAUUGUGUGCUUUGUGUUGGGCACCUUAUGUUAUGCAUCAAUGGCAAUUUUGGGCUACUUGAUGUUUGGAUCAGAAGUGCAAUCACAGAUAACUUUGAACCUUCCAACAAACAAGCUGAGCUCAAGAAUUGCAAUUUACACCACAUUGGUGAAUCCCAUAUCCAAAUAUGCAUUAAUGGUUACACCAAUAAUCAACGCCACUAAAGCCUGGUUUCCAUAUCACUCCAACAAGCGGUUGUUCCGCCACAUGGUCGGCACCGGCGUGGUGAUGAGCACACUGUUGGUGGCUCUGGCGGUCCCCUUUUUUGGUUCCCUCAUGUCGCUGGUGGGUGCAUUUUUGAGCAUCAAUGCAUCAGUCACACUGCCAUGCUUAUGUUACUUGAAGAUUUCUGGGAGUUAUCAGAAAUUCAACGGUGAAAUGGUUGGUAUAGGGUUGGUAAUUGUAAUGGGUAUUUUUGUGGUUAUAUUUGGUACUUACGCAUCUCUUGUAGAUAUCAUACACAUGUCCAAAUUUUAAUACUUCAAGUUGUAAUACCCAAUUUUAGCCCGGGCUCACAAUAAUAAAAUAAAGUCUAAGUUCAGUACAAAA